CCCCAACAACCGAAAACAGCAUCGUGAGUGAGAAAGUGAACCUGCCAGGAGUGACGCUAAAGGUUUGGCUUUGAAAGGCGGACGAGGGAAAAAAAACCAGUUCAUAUUUCUCAAUGAUGUCUGCAAAGGAGAAACCGUCCGAAGCAGCAGAGCCUGUCUUCUUCAGUGCUUUCCCAGAGUCCCCUGGAACUCAUCAGCUGCCACACGAGGAGGACGUUGCUCCUGAUAAAAGGAAGAAAUACAUAAAGCCAAGUUCUCGACAUGACCCUCAACUGGAAGCUUUGCAAAGGUUCUUGAUCAACUGGAUCAACACAACUUUGAAGCAUGAACGUAUUGUGGUGAAAAACUUAGAAGAAGACCUCUAUGAUGGAUUGGUGCUCCAUCAUCUGCUGGAGAAACUUGGAUCCCUCAGUUUGGAAGUAGAAAAGAUUGCACUGACAGAGAAGAAAAAGAGACUCAAACUUGAAGUUAUUCUCAAAGCUGUGAAUCAGUGUUUACAACUUGAAGAACGUGAAGUGAAAUGGACUGUGGACACCAUCUUUGAGAAAAACCUGUUAAGCACUUUGCAUCUUCUGGUCGCCAUCGCUCAGCAUUUCCAGCCCAAGCUUGCGAUACCUCCAAAUGUGAACGUCGCUGUGAUAGCCAAGGAGUCUACGUCUAGUGAAUCUGAGACAGCGUGCACGAUAGAACGCAUCACCCAAGACAGGGAACCUGCAGAAAAUUCUUCAAUAAGUGCUGAAAUCUUUGAUGAAUUAUUAAAUCAUGCUCCCAGGAAAUUGGAUGCUGUGAAAGAGGUGUUUUUGAAGUUUGUCAACAAGCAUGUGGGAGGAUUAGGACUAAAUGUAGAAGAUGUUGACUCACAGUUUGCAGAUGGGGUUAUUUUACUCUUGCUAAUUGGGGAACUUCAGGGUUAUUUCCUAAAUUUGGGAAACUUUUUCCUGAACCCAAGUUCUACUUCAGAAAUGAUACACAAUGUCAGCCUGGCAAUAGACCUGCUGAUGGAUGGAGAUCUUCUGGAAGUUCCCAUCAACCCUGAAGAUGUGGUGAACCAAGAUGUGAAAUCCACACUGUUAAUUUUGUACUGCCUGUUCUCCAAGUACAAGACUAAAGGGACGUGAAGCGCAAAGAUUAAGAGCCUGGUGGCCAUCCAAUUAUUGACAGCGAGCCCUCCAGAUUUCAGCGCUCGUGAUUUUUUGAUCC